AUGAUUAGUACGAUGCAAUCAGGAUAUGAUAUCAAAUAUCUGGUUCAGGAAGCUCAAAUCCGGUGGCUAAAGCCAGUUGAAGUGCUUUUCAUACUUCAAAACCAUGAGGAUCACCAGAUCACCCACAAAGUCCCACAUAUGCCAGCUAGUGGAUCUUUGUAUCUAUUCAAUAAACGAGUCCUAAAAUAUUUUCGCAAAGAUGGUCAUAGUUGGCGUAGAAGGAGAGAUCAGAGGACUAUUGCUGAAGCACAUGAACGGCUUAAGGUUGGAAAUGCUGAAGUUCUAAAUUGCUAUUAUGCUCAUGGACUGCAGAACCCCAGCUUUCAGAGACGCAGCUUCUGGAUGUUGGACCCGGCCUACGAGCACAUUGUUCUUGUUCACUACAGAAAUAUUGAGGAGGGAACACAGAAUGCUAGAUUGUCAUCCCAGUUCUCGCCAUUAUCUUCUUCUACCCUCAAUAUGAGUCCCACCUCUUUUGCAACUCAGCAGCCAGACUCCUCUGUUGUCAUUGGUGAAUCUAAUGAACCAAAUCAGAGUCAACCUAGUCCUGGAUCUGUGGAAAUUAGUUCAAAUGAAGUCAUUGAGAUUCAUGGGAUAAAUCCAUCAGACCUUAUAGAGAGAACGAAUGAGGUUAAUACUUCGUCUGAGCCUGUUUUCAGUGACGCACUGCGAAGAAUUGAGCAGCAAUUAAGUUUAGAUGAUGACGUGGAGAAAGAAUUUAACACAAGCUACGUUGAGGAUGAGGAUUCAAUUAAUUUAGAAAAUGUGCUACUUGAUUAUGACUUGUCUGCUCAAAGUCCAGAUCAUUUUGAGAAUCUCAUUUCACAAAGUCACUCAGGUGACAGGAUGGAACAUCGUUAUCAACUCUUAGGGCCUGAAGUAAAUAUUUGGGGAGAGAUGCUAGGUUGCUCUAACAGUUUGCCUGAUGUUGAAACACAAGCAAAAUAUGAGCACAAGUUGAAUGAAAAUGGUAUGCUGCUCAAUCCAUCACCAAAUGAGCCUGUAAGGGAGCAGGACAAUUUUAAUUGUCUAAACCUUGAUGGACAAGGCUAUGCCCCAGAGUCUUCUAUGAUGUUCACCCAAGAAGUUGAGUCUAUCAAAGUUCCUGCAUAUUCUCCUUCAGUGAAUACUUUUGAAACCGAUCUGGACUUCUAUGCAACAUUUUUUGACCAAGGUCAGAUUGGAAUUCCUCCUGAAGACAAUUCGAGUUUGACCAUUUCUCAAAAGCAGAAGUUCACAAUCCGUGAGAUAUCUCCAGAGUGGUGUUAUUCCUCUGAAGCUGCCAAGGUUGUCAUUAUUGGGUCUUUCCUCUGCAGUCCGUCGGAGUGUGCAUGGGCUUGUAUGUUUGGUGACGUUGAAGUUUCUGCCCAGAUCAUUCAAGAAGGUGUUAUUCGCUGCAAUGUUCCUCCUCGCUCGCCUGGAAGAGUCACUCUCUGCAUUACUUCAGGAAAUCGGGAGUCCUGCAGUGAAGUUAGGGAAUUCGAAUAUCUUGCUAAGCCUAGUGUUUGCACACACAGUAACAUCACUGGAGCAGAGACUAGCAAGAGCUCAGAAGAACUCUUGUUGCUUGUCCGAUUUGUACAGAUGCUUCUCUCUGAUCCAUCGGCACAAAAAGGAGAUGGCCAUGAAUCUAGAAUUGAUUUGUUGAGCAAGUCAAAAAUGGCUGAAAAUUCGUGGAGCCAAAUCAUUGAUGAUCUUUUAGUCGGCACUUCAACAUCAUCAAACACUAUGGAAUGUCUCUUACAGGAACUUCUGAAGGACAAGUUAGAACAAUGGCUUUCUUCUAGAUUACGGGAGAAUAACCAGCUAGACUCUUAUUCAUCUAAGAAAGAACUUGGGAUCAUACACAUGGUUGCUGGAUUGGGAUUUGAGUGGGCGCUACAGCCCAUUCUUAGUUCUGGAGUCGGUGUAAAUUUUCGAGAUAUCAAUGGGUGGACUGCACUUCAUUGGGCUGCACACUUUGGGAGGGAAAAAAUGGUUGCUGCUCUCAUAGCAUGUGGUGCAUCUUCUGGAGCAGUUACAGAUCCUAAUUCACAGGACCCAACUGGUAAAACUCCUGCAUCCAUUGCUGCUUCAAGUGGGCAUAGGGGACUUGCAGGUUAUCUUUCAGAAAUGGCACUAACUGGACAUCUCUCAUCCCUCACACUGGAAGAAAGUGUGCUAUCUAAAGGAUCUGCUGCUCUGGAAGCAGAAAGAACCGUAAAUAGUAUAUCAAAUGCAAGCUUUUCUACAAAUGAGGAUCAGGACUCUCUGAAGUACACCUUAGCUGCAGUCCGGAAUGCCUCUCAGGCUGCUGCACGUAUUCAAUCUGCAUUUCGUGAACAUUCUUUUCGGAAAAGGCUACAGAGAGAAGCUACAGUUGCCAUUGAUGAUGCUAGUGGUGAUGAGUGCAGUAUAUUAUCAAAGGACGUUCAGGGUCUUUCAGCUGCAACGAAAGUGGCAUUUCGUAAUACACGUGACUACAACAAAGCUGCUCUGUCUAUUCAGAAGAAAUAUCGAGGCUGGAAAGGGCGGAAGAACUUCCUUGCGUAUCUCCAGAAAGUAGUGAAGAUACAGGCCCAUGUGAGAGGCUAUCAGAUUAGGAGGUAUUAUAUGGUAUGCUGGGCAGUUAGUAUAUUGGAGAAGGUGGUGCUGAGGUGGCGCCGGCGAGGAGUUGGUUUGAGGGGAUUUCGGCUUGACGAAUUCAUAGAGGAAAAUGAGGAUGAAGACAUUCUCAAGGUGUUUCGUAAGCAAAAAGUGGAUGCAGCUAUUAAUGAGGCUGUCUCCAGGGUACUGUCUAUGGUCGAAUGUCCAGAGGCACGUCAGCAAUAUAAGCGUAUUUUUGAAAAAUAUAUUCAAGCGAAGGCUGAGCUUGAAAUUCCAGAAUCCUAA